AUGUGGGCCGACAUACUAGCAUUAUAUGUGAUGUGGAUGAUGAUGCUUUACUUAACAAACGUUUGGAAACUCGGGUUCACUCACGCCGCCGGAAUCGUAAACAUCUUCACCGGAGCAUGGACCAUGAUGCUUUUACCUAUGCAAUAUUUGGUGGACACAUUCAUGGGAAGUUACAUAAUCUUAUUUCUCUCAAGCAUCUCUUACAGUCUUGGAUUGGGUUUUCUAUGGAUGUCAACUCCUCCAAUUCUGGGUAAAUCCCAUGGUCUUUGCGGCGCAUAUCUGCCAGAAUGUAUAGGAGAUGAACAGAGAGUUCUAUUCUAUGCCGGUCUUGCAUUGAUAGCUGUUGGUCUUUCCGGUCACUUGGUUUCUUUGGUUCCUUUUACGGCUGCACAAAUUACUCAUGGCAUGCUCGAGAAUAUCACCGAUAGUUCGUUUUGCAUGAUGUUUCUAUUCUCAUUUAUGGCUAGUCUUGUCCCAAUAGGGUCAGUUAUUGCGAUAUCAUAUGUGAAGGCUUGGUCGUUUAGGUUCGGGUUGUCUGCGUUGUGUACGGUGGUGGGUACUUUAGUGUUCUUGGCUGGUUCUUACACUUAUAACUAUAUUGGACCUCAAGGGAGUCCUUUGACAACUUUCUUUAGAGUUUUCUGUGCCGCUGCGUUUAAGAUGUUCUAUAGAUGCCCCAAGAACGCCAAUGAUCUGUAUGAGAUACCUGAUCUUGAUGAACAUCAAUUGAUUCCUCAUAGCUGUAGCCUCAGGUGUCUAGAUAAGGCUGCAAUUGUAUUGCCAAGAAUAUCAUUAGAAGAGCAAGAAAGGAACAAAUGGAGACUAUGUCGAGUCACAGAUGUGGAAGAAAUCAAGAUGUGUCUAAGAUUGAUCCCAAUAAGCUUAACCUUCAUCUUUUGUGGUGUGGUUUCUUCCAUUGGGAACACAUAUUUUAUUAUCCAAGCAAAUCACCUCAACGACAAGCUCGGUCGUCUCCCGAUCCCAGCCACAGCCCUCCUAGCCAUAUAUGAGCUAGGACAUACUCAGUUUGGGAAACUAUAUUGCAAACUCGUAAUCAAACUAAGCGGAUCAGGAUCGAGACACUACGCUUCCCCAAUUGGGAUCGUGGUCUCGAUGAUAUUCUCAGUCAUUUGCUGCAUUGUGGCAGCUAAAGUCGAGGCUAGAAGGCUCAAUGUUGUGAUCAGUCAUGGUUUGAUGGAUAAGCCAGACGACAAGAUCCCCAUGUCGAUCUUCUGGCUGUUCCCACAGUUUGUUCUUCUAGGGGCGUUUGAUGGAAUUUUUGAAAUAAGCAAGGCUCAUUUCUUAGUGGAUCAAGUCGGGCCAUCAAUGAUAGGCCAUAUAGUGCAUUUAAGUGUUGGGGUUUUGGGGAUGGGACAUAUGGGGAGUGUGUUGGUGGUUUACAUAGCCGGGAAGGUUAGCGAAAGAGGAGGAAAGACGGGGUGGUUUCAACAUACGUUGAAUAAGAGUCGGCUCGAUAAGUAUUAUUGGACUUUGGCAUGGCUAAGUGCGGUGAAUCUUGGGGUUUAUGUGGUGAUGGCGUUGUUAUUUGCUUAUCAGAAAUCGAGGAUUGAGGAAGAUCAAGUGGCUCCUCAAGAGGAAGAGAACGGGAAUGGGGGAGGAAUGGGAACUCAAGGUCCUUUUAAAGACGAUGCUCAAUGUUUUUGUUGUUGCUAA